AGUUAGUAAUACCUGUGCAUUGUUACAGGAUGUCCUGUGAUAGUGGAGAAACUGUUGGGUACCCCAUGGAUAACCGCUGCAGAGAGGAACAAGGCUCCACUUUUCAGCUGAGCAACGUGAAUGGAAAUAGGAAAUCUGCAGCAUUGCUGGAAGCCAGGGGGAACUUAAGCAGCAUGCAGUAUUCUUCUGUGGCGCUGGAUCCAGAAACCUCCAUGAAUAACGGAUCCAGGAUUCCCCAGAACCCCGAGGAAGGCACAAAGGCUGCAGCCUUGGUGGAAGGCGAGGCCGGCAGGGCCGUGGAGUGUUUCCGUGGCCGCUAUUUAACUAAAACCAGCACUCAGGGAGACGUCUACAACUUCCUGGAGAGGCCCAGUGGAUGGAAGUGUUUUAUCUAUCAUUUUGCUGUAUUUCUCUUGGUGCUGAUAUGUUUAAUAUUCAGUGUACUGUCUACUAUAGAGCAUUAUUCUGAAUUUGCCACUGGAACCCUUUUCUGGAUGGAAAUAGUACUGGUUGUGUUUUUCGGUGCUGAAUAUUUGGUCCGGUUGUGGUCUGCAGGCUGCAGGAGUAAAUAUGUGGGCUUCCAGGGAAGAAUCCGGUUUGCCAGAAAGCCAAUAUCGAUCAUCGAUCUCAUUGUGGUAGUAGCCUCAAUUAUUGUUCUGAGCAUAGGAUCUAAUGGACAGGUGUUUGCUACCUCUGCAAUAAGGGGCAUCCGAUUUCUCCAGAUACUUCGCAUGCUCCAUGUGGAUCGACAGGGAGGCACCUGGAGACUUUUGGGAUCAGUUGUUUUCAUACAUCGUCAGGAACUCAUAACCACGUUGUACAUUGGAUUCUUGGGGUUAAUUUUUUCAUCCUAUUUUGUUUAUCUUGCUGAGAAGGAUGCAGUUGAUGAAGAUGGAAAGACAGGUUUCUCCAGCUAUGCUGAUGCCCUUUGGUGGGGUGUGGUAACUGUCACGACAAUUGGUUAUGGAGACAAAGUUCCCCAGACGUGGAUUGGGAAGACAAUAGCUUCCUGUUUUUCAGUAUUUGCUAUCUCUUUCUUUGCUCUGCCAGCGGGUAUUUUGGGGUCCGGUUUUGCCCUGAAAGUACAGCAAAAGCAACGUCAGAAGCAUUUCAACAGACAAAUCCCAGCUGCAGCUUCCCUAAUUCAGACUCUGUGGCGGUGCUACGCAGCAGAGAAAUCCUGCAGUUCCACAGCGACGUGGAAGAUCUAUGUUACACCCCCAGCGCAAAAUCCCAAAAAGUCAGCAGCGCCAUCUAGCCCUAGUCUGAGAAAACAGGCUAGAAGAUACAAAAGAAAAGGGAAGCUAGGAUGUGGUAAUGGUUCUGCACCUGCAAUAAACCCAGGAGAAAAUGCCUUGUCUGUUCCACAGAUCACUUAUGAUCACGUUGAUGAACAAGAGCACAAAAAAGAUGUAUCUUUCUACAUUGAUGAACCUAGAGUGAAAGGACAUUUAGAAGGGAACACCCAAGACAUGUCACGGGCCAACAGUUUCACUGAUGACAUUGACCUUGUAUCGGAAGAGUCUCCCCUGCCAGCUGUAUCCGAUGUGGCACAAUUAACUGAAGCACAUCGAACAGCUGUAAAAGUCAUCAGGAGAAUGCAGUAUUUUGUAGCCAGAAGAAAAUUUCAGCAAGCUCGGAAACCUUACGACGUCCGCGACGUGAUCGAACAGUACUCACAAGGACACCUCAAUAUGAUGGUUCGGAUAAAAGAACUUCAAAGAAGGUUGGACCAAUCCUUGGGAAAGCCAGGUCUUUUCCUCCCAGAAAAAGGGGUAGACAAAGGAUACUAUAGUAUAGGAGCCAGACUGAUCCGGCUAGAGGAUAAGCUUAAACCUGCCAGAAAACUGAACUCCAGCUGAUUCGAAGAGUUCAUUUUCAUCAAUACUGC